AUGGGUUUGCUUAGCCAAGGCACGCCACUUAGCUGGGAAGAAACGAAAAAGUGGGCAGCUUAUGUAAAGAAACAUGGACUUCUUCAAUUUAUUCACCAAUACCAGAAAAUAAAAAAUCGAACGAACGAUGUUUUGAAAUGGGGAGAUGAGAUUGAGUAUUCCCUUGUCUUCAUUGACAAUGAGAACAAGUCUGCAAGAUUGUUGCUCAGAGCUGGAGAAUUGUUGGAUCCUUUGCAAAAGGAAGAGAAUGAAAAUCCUGGGAACAACAGGACUGCUUACAGAAUGGAAUAUGCUGAAUACAUGGUUGAAGGCACACCUGGUCAGCCUUUUGGUGGCUGUAUGAGGCAUUUCAAUUCUGUUGAGGCAAAUAUGCAGUUGAGGAGAGAAGAAAUAUUAUCUUUGCUUACUAAUCCUGGUGAAACCAUGGUCUGCUUUGCUGUUUUCCCAAGGAUUGGGUGCCCUGCCUUUACUGAGCCCAUUUACCCUGCAAGUCCAGAGCACAACAAAGUGACAAGGUCUUUGUAUUACCCAGAUGAAGCUAUCCAUCACUCGCAUCCAAGAUUCAAAAACCUUAGCCGCAACAUCAGAAUGCGACGUGGAAGGAAACAGAUCAUCAACAUACCAGUUUUUAGAGAUACGAAGACUCCAGAUCCCUAUCUGACAGAAUUACCAAAUGAUGACGGAGAAGGGGAGAUUGCGUCACGACCAAACCAUGUCUAUCUUGACUGCAUGGGGUUUGGCAUGGGUUGCUCCUGCCUCCAGGUGACAUUCCAAGCCUGUAAUAUUGAAGAGGCAAGGACCUUAUACGACCAGCUGGCUGUACUUGCACCCAUCAUGCUAUCAUUGUCCGCUGCUUCGCCAGCGUUCAGGGGAACAUUGGUCGAUUUGGAUUGCAGAUGGAGCAUUAUUUCGGGCUCAGUUGAUGACAGGACAAAAGAGGAGCUUGGUGAAGUGCCUCUUAAAAACGAUAAAUUUGUGCUGCCAAAAUCGAGGUAUGACUGCAUCGAUUUGUACCUGUCUCCUGCUGGUGCAAAGUACAAUGACCAGGAGGUCCUUUACGAGCAAGAGCAUUUGGAUCUUCUUUUGCAGGCUGGCAUUGAUCGCCAACUAGCAGAACAUGUUGCGCAUCUUUUCGUUCGCGACCCGAUUUCUGUGUUCAAGGAGAAGCUUGUCCAAGAUGACGAGAAUGACACCGAUCAUUUUGAGAAUAUUCAAUCAACCAACUGGCAAAGCAUUCGCUUCAAACCGCCACCACCUAAUUCCACGAUAGGCUGGAGAGUUGAAUUCAGAUCCAUGGAAGUUCAGCUUACUGAUUUUGAAAAUGCUGCCUACGUUGUGUUUAUCGUCCUACUCACACGAGUGAUUUUGUCAUUUGAUCUUGAUCUGAUCAUACCAAUUUCAAAGGUGGAGGAAAACAUGAAACGAGCGAUAAAAAGAGACUCACUUCACAGUGAGAAGUUCUACUUCAAAAAGAACUUGCAAAAAUGUGAAGGCCAGAAAUGUAAAAAUAUGGAAGAUGAGUAUGUUGAGAUGAGCGUGGAUACCAUUAUUAAUGGCAAGGAUGGAGGAUUCCCUGGCUUGAUUCCCUUGAUGGAGAAUUAUAUUGAUAGUGUGGAUGUGGAUAUUGAUACUCGUUGCACAAUCAGCCAGUAUUUGAAGUUCAUUCAAGACAGAGCUUCGGGGAAUCUAAUGACGAUGGCGACUUGGAUGAGAAACUUCGUCAGGAAGCACCCUAAAUACAAAUUUGAUUCCGAAAUCAAUGAGGAAAUUGGCUAUGACCUCACAGUGACGAUGGACCAGAUUUCCCGUGGAGAGAUUGGCUGUCCUGAACUUUUUGCCAAGCCGGAAACAAAGACAAGUUCCAUUGUGCCUGAAAAAUGCCAACAGAUGGAACAAGAGUACGAAUUGCACGUGAAGAAAGUUAUUGAAAAGCAAAAGAUGAGCAAAGGAAGCCAUCUUGCUCAAGACACCUUCCCUGUUGCCAAUGGCAGUGGCACCAAUCACAGCAUUGCAAAUGGCAAUGGAAUAGCUAACGGUAACGGAUUUCAUAAUGGCAACGGCUUUCAUAAUGGCAACGGCAUUGCUAAUGGCAACGGCAUUGCAAAUGGCAACGGCAUUGCAAAUGGCAACGGCAUUGCAAAUGGCAACGGCAUUGCAAAUGGCAACGGCAUUGCUAAUGGGAAUAGCUCUGCAAAUGGGAAUGGUAUUGCAAAUGGCAACGGCAUGGCAAAUGGCAACGGCAUUGCUAAUGGUAAUAGCACUGCAAAUGGGCAUGGUAUUGCAAAUGGCAACGGCAUUGCUAAUGGGAAUAGCUCUGCAAAUGGGAAUGGUAUUGCAAAUGGCAACGGCAUGGCAAAUAGCAACGGCAUUGCUAAUGGGAAUAGCUUUGCAAAUGGCAACGGCAUUGGUAAUGGCUACGGCAUCGCAAAUGGUAACAGAGUGGCAUAUGAUAAUGGCUAUUCGUACUCGAAUGGCCAUACGAAUGGUAACAGUUCACUCGUGGCAAAUGGAGUAGAGACAGCUGACUAAAAAACUUGAGGUCUGUAAACGUAUAAUGAGACAAUUUCGUUUUACCUUAUUAUAUCCAUGUAAUCAAAUUGUUUGCUCUUCCCUGUAUAUAGUCUAAUUUUUGCAUUUUCAAGAGGUUAUUCCUAGGUUAAUCCUUACUCAUCUUUUCCAGACAAUGUUUCCUCUCAAGAUAGUCCCUUCUUUCUUUUCCUCGACCAUUGCUCCGCUCGAAAAAUGUCAAUCUUGGAAAAUUUUAUCCAAAAACAAGAUGAAAGCCCAUAUCCUCACCAAGUAUCUUUUUUAAUUAAAUUUUAUGAAGCAGUGCGUAGUUGGCCGUCAUUUAUCGAGAAAAAGGCCUAGCCUGGCCAGGAGGCACUGUCUAUUUUCCCGUAUGAGCUGCUGUCAGGCACAGUAGGUAAACGAAAACCUUAUCCAGAUAACCACAAUUCAUCGUCAUAUCUGCAGUAAAACUGCCUUUACUAUAAACAUGACACAUUCUUCUUGAAAGUUAAUUUUGAGAUCUAGAUCUGUUUUGUGCUCCUCUAUCACCCCUACACCCUGCACUCAAGCACAUUCUUAUUGAAUAUCAUUUUGCAGAAUUACGAUUAACGUAUCUGAGUUUGAAUAUGAGUGAACAGGAUAUCUAUAUUGCAACUUUAUUUAUUGUCAGUAUUUCGACAGUACCUGGACUAGAAUUUUAUUGUGUUGUUUCUUCAGCCACCUUUUUAAUGUUAUUGGAUUAGAUGAGGCUGUAACACUUACAAAACAUUUGUACGUAAUGCUGUUGUAUAGCUUGCUGAGAUUUUAGAUUUCCUUAAUUUGCUUGUUGAUUUUUCAAGUAGUUUGUUUAGAUUUUGUUAUCUUAGCUGUAAAUACAACCUCAGUUUAACCCCUUAUCCUCAAUUCCAAUUGGCAAUUCGUGCCAUUAAUCCGAAACAAGAUUAUCAUGUUAUUCGUAUGCGUCGACAUAUUAAUGCAACGUUAGAUGUGAUGGAGUUAAAGGCAAUCGACAGAUACAAAAGUGGAUUAAGUCAUCUGUCAAUCUUCAAUUGGCCAAUCAAUAAGCGUGUAAAUGGAAUCACACUCACUGAUUGGUCAAUUUUUUAUUGAAAGAUGGUUGAAGCCACUUCAGUAUCUACCGUAGCCUUUAACGUCCAGUAAGUAAAUCUUAGGUAAGCGAGGCUUCGAUAUCAUUCGUAAACUACCCUUUUUUGAAUCCACACUGGUCUACGAUAACCCUCCCUCUUAAUACUGCGUCUCUGUUUAUUGUACUUAUUCUUAGGCAUUCAUAACGCUAGGCCCAAUGAGACAUUGAAAAUACCGGGAAUGAAGAUACCAAGUAUUUCAGGUCAUAGCAAAACCAAACCAUGCGCAUAGGGCUUCUAGUAAUGACUGCAUUCAGCCACUUUGUAGAAGCUAGCUUCCAAAGCAGCAUAAUCCCCAUAUAUUUUUUCUAUUAAUCUUUAAGAACACCCUGCAAAUUUAGAUGUCUAUGUCGUAUCUUUAACACAAAUUUUUAGAUAACUAUAGAUGAUUUUCCACAAUUUAUUUUUAUUAACUAUAAGAAAAUUAUGUUGUUUGCAAGUAAAAAUUUAGUAUCAAAUACUUAUGAAAUAGAUUCAGCUGAAAGGUUGAUUCUUCUUGCCGUUUGUGUUU